CAUUGCCUAUAUAAAUGUACUUGUAGAUAACAUAUUCAAAUAAAAAAAUGGAAAUUGUAAGAAAUUCUUCUAUGGCUAUGGCAUUUUUGCUGGCAUUUUUUAUCAUUUCAUCAGAUAUUCAUAUGGAAUCACAUGCUAGAGGAGUAAGUGAGGAGAGAUAUGGAUUUUGUGGCACAAACGACGAUUGUCAACGUAACUAUCAUUGUCCACCUGGUCUUGUUGCCGUAUGUGUUGCAAAUGAGUGUACAUGUGUACACUCUCAACAAACCAAGCAAGUGAGUGAUGACAUAAAUGGAUUCUGUAGCACAGAUGGCGAUUGUCAACAUACUAGACCUUGUCCACCUGGUCUUAUUGCCAUAUGUGUUGGAAACCGUUGUACAUGUAUACACUAAAUUAAGUUCCUAGUCCAACACCAUCACUUACAAACUGAGUUAUACAAUAUUGUGAAACAAUAAUCGUGUUUGGAUGAGAUUAUAAAUAUAUAUAAUCUUAAAUAAAAUUGUUUAUUGCGUUAUA